UUUUUUUUUAUCUUUGUUUCCUUAGUAACUCAACCCUCAACACACAUUCACUAAAACCAGCAGGAUUUCUUUUUGUCUUGGUGACCUCUACAGCAGCCAUUUUAAAGGACAACAGCACUCCAGUUUCCAAACCAUAAGGAGAUUUUUUUAUUUUUUUACAACUUUUGCCUUGCAGUAUUUUGGAAUAUCCACUCAUGCAGUGUCCCUAUGGGGGAUUAAACCAGUACAGGAAUCCACACUGACUCCUCUUUGGCUCUGCUAGACGGUGUUUUUUUUCAGUGAGGUCUGCUUGUGACUGGAGGUGGACUGAGCCAUCAUGGCUGGGAAGGGCAACCCGCUGCCUGGCCCCCACCUAAACGGCUUCCCCAUGCCCACCUACUCCUACUUCUUCCCCCACAUGUUGGGGAGCCUGUCGCCUCCGGCCCUGGCGGGACUGCCUAUCAGUGGAUACAGCACCCCCUCACCAGCCACGAUAGAGACCCAGAGCACCAGCUCAGAGGAGAUAGUGCCAAGCCCGCCGUCACCUCCCCCGCCGCCCCGCGUCUACAAGCCCUGCUUUGUGUGCCAGGACAAGUCCUCAGGGUACCACUAUGGUGUCAGCGCCUGUGAGGGCUGCAAGGGCUUCUUUCGGAGAAGCAUCCAGAAGAACAUGGUGUACACCUGUCACCGGGAGAAGAACUGCAUCAUCAACAAAGUCACCCGCAACCGCUGCCAGUACUGUCGGCUGCAGAAGUGCCUGGAAGUCGGGAUGUCCAAGGAGUGCCCUUCGCCCCUCCCCUCUCGGCAGACAGCACACAAAUUCCCCAAUGGGCUCAACACAAGCACGGCCGGCCCAACAGUAAGGAAUGACCGGAAUAAGAAGAAAAAGGACGAGAAGAAGCAGGAGUGCACAGAGAGCUACGUGCUGAGUCCAGAAACAGAGCGGAUGAUCGACCGGGUUCGCAAGGCCCACAAAGAAACGUUCCCCUCUCUCUGCCAGCUGGGCAAAUACACUACGACUAACAGCUCAGAACGACGUGUAUCUUUGGACGUGGACCUGUGGGACAAGUUCAGCGAGCUCUCCACCAAGUGCAUCAUCAAGACGGUGGAGUUUGCUAAGCAGCUGCCCGGUUUCACAACGCUUACCAUCGCUGACCAGAUCACUCUGCUCAAAGCCGCCUGUCUGGACAUCCUGAUACUCCGGAUCUGCACACGCUACACACCAGAGCAAGACACCAUGACUUUCUCAGAUGGACUCACGCUAAACCGAACCCAGAUGCACAAUGCCGGCUUCGGUCCCCUCACCGACCUGGUUUUUGCCUUUGCCAACCAGCUCCUUCCUCUGGAGAUGGACGAUGCAGAGACGGGGCUGCUCAGCGCCAUCUGUUUGCUGUGUGGAGAUCGACAGGACUUGGAACAGGCAGAGAAGGUGGACGUCCUGCAGGAGCCCCUCCUGGAGGCGUUGAAGAUUUACGUAAGGAGGAGGAGGCCCCACAAACCCCACAUGUUCCCCAAGAUGCUGAUGAAGAUCACUGAUCUGAGAAGCAUCAGCGCUAAAGGAGCUGAGCGGGUCAUCACCCUGAAGAUGGAGAUCCCCGGCUCCAUGCCCCCUCUCAUCCAGGAGAUGCUGGAGAACUCGGAGGGCCUGGAAAGCGGUGCCGCAGGCGGCCGGCCCAGUGGUGCCCCCCCAGGCAGCUGCAGCCCCAGUCUGUCCCCUAGCUCUGCCCAAAGCAGUCCAGCCACACAAUCGCCGUAGUAGCGGCCCACCUUUUUUUUUAUUAUUCCUCACGAUGCUCUCUGUGUCCUCCCUCGACGUUCUAAAGAGGAGGGGGCGAAGGAGGGGGGGGCCUUGCAGAGCCAACCUCCUCCUUUCCUACGACACAAGACCCCAACUCCUGUUCUGCUUUCCCCUUACUCUGGAGCACUUUCCCGAUGUGAGGGGAGGUAAGGCCGGGGCAGGCCGGGGCAACAGGAUGCCUCUGAGAGACCACACCGUAAACACUGCUGAUGACUCCUCCCGCGUCUCCCUCCACUCUCCCCUCCAAUGCUGCUCCUCCCCUCUCCACCUUUCUCCAAAAAAGACAAAUGGAAACAAAUCUGGAUGCAGUGGUGACCAGUUUCGAUUGGAACUGAGAGUGGGCGGGGCAUCGUGGGACAAAUAUAUGAUCAAGGACAAUGCAUACAGACUGACUUGACAAACACCAGACACUUUUUUUUGUUGUACUCUGAGGCAGACUGCAAGCUUGGGACUCGUCAAAAGACCCCCUCCUCAAAGACUCUGGGUCUUUUCUCUUUUUCCAACUUCAAAAAGACAGAUUUCGUACAAAAGAUAUAUAAAUAUAUAUAGAAAGUUAAGGAACUAUUGUGAUUGACAUGUCCAGAACAGAAUGGCAGGUUGAAAUGAGAUGUUUUCUGAGAUUAGAAAUUGUUGUAUUCCUCCACCGUUUGAAUCGUUUUCAUACCCAUCGAGAGUAUUGAGAGAGACCUUUCAGUUUGAUCACAUUUGUACAUUAUUCCAGUUAACAAAAAGCAAAAGAUGUUGAAAUUUCUCUCCAGUCUACACACGCAAACACAAACAAACAAACAAACAAGACACGUAUACACUUACACACACACACACACACACACACACACACAGACACACACACACACACACACACACAGACACACACACACAAAUGUGCACAGAAAACAAGUCGCAAUGAAUAUCACCCACUAUUCCAGGUUGGAUUUGUUUUCCUUUUUUCUUUUUUUUUCUUUUGCUUCCAAGAGAAUGGAAAAAAAUAUGAUUGUAUGAACUUGGUUGUAUAAUAUGGUCACAGGUCCUUUCAAGAAAUCAAAUUAAUGAAGAUUCAUUAUUAAGGUGUAUUUUAAGUAGCCUUUGAGUUUGUGUAUAUAAGCUGUAUUCAUUUCUUUAAAACUAUGAAGAGUUUUAGGCUUCACCUGAUUUUUUUUUUUUUUUUUUUUU